AUGAUGAAGACAUUGCUUAACUAUGGAGCCGAUGCCAAAAACUCCCAAAUGACAUCACAGCUGUUUUACAAAGAUGAGGGUGGAAAUAAUAGUGCCAUUGAAUCAACCAAUUCUGUCACUGGAACCAAUGAUGGUUUGACUGCACAUGGUAAUUUUACCAAGAAAAGCAAAGAACUGACCAUGUCUGGACCUUUGUAUGAAGAUGUGUUUGGUAUGAAAAGACAUUUGAUCAAUGGAGUAGAUUUGACUUUGAAACUGAACAGAUCAUCACCUGCUUUUUGUUUGAUGAGUGGUAAAGCUAAACAAGAGUAUACCAUUGAGCUACUCGAUGCAUAUCUCCAAAUAUGCAAACUCAAAGUCAACCCGGCACUGAUCCUAGCUCACAACACCCUGUUCCAAAAUAACUCCUAUGCACUCUAUCCUCUCACUAAGUCUGAGGUCAAGGUCAACAGCAUCCCCGUUUCUCAACUGACACGCACCAUUGAUAAUGUGUCCAACCCCAUUGCUAAUUGCUACAUCGUUGGCUUUGUGGAAAGCAAGAGUUUGAAUGGGGCAUAUGAUGGGAAUCCUUUCAACUUUCAAUCAAGCAUGCUCAAAACUGUCAGCUUCUAUGUGAAUGGUGUCAGUGUACCUGGUCGUCCAACCCGUGCUGAUGAUGUGAACAGCUAUGUUAACAUGUUUGAUGGUGCCGGACUUUGGAGAGAAAAUCGAGGAAACUGUAUUUCUAGAGAAGAGUUUUUGUUAGGAAAUGCACUGUUUGUCUUCGAGCUGGAAGAGGUGUGUGGAGAAUCUGAAUACCUCAAUCUGGUGAAAUCUGGAAAUGUGCCGUUGGAAAUUGAGUUCAAAACUGCACUAGCCCAAACCUUGAGCUGCAUCAUUCUCAGUGAAAGAAACUCCAUCAUAGAAAUCGAUCAGGCUCGAAACGUCUUUAUCAAGUAA